AUGUAUACAAAAGAUAAAUUUAUAAAAGAAGAUUUUAGUGAAAAUAUUAAAGUAUGUUGUUUAAAAGUUAAAACAAAACAAAUAUAUGAAAUAAAUUAAAAAUUAAAAUCUUAUUUAUUUCAACGCCAAAGUUUUAAAAGGGUACUUCCUUUAAACAAUGAGCAUAAAUUAAUAUGUUUAGACUAAAAUUUAAAAUUGGAAAAAAAAGAAAUAGACUGGCCGAAAAAUUUAUUAGAUUUUUUAUCUGAAAACUCAGACAUAGAAAUAUUAGAAAAAGAACUCACUUUAAAAUUUGAUGAUUUUACCAUUAAUGAAAUAUUAGAAAAAAUAAUACCUCUUGAAUUCGGAAUUCCAUCAGGAUUUGAAACUAUAGGUCAUAUAGCUCAUUUUAAUUUAAAACCAAAUUAAUUUCCUUACAAAUAUUUAAUCGGAUAAGUUUUAAUCGAAAAAAUAAAAUCAAUAAAAACAGUAGUAAAUAAAUUAGAAAAACUUCAUAAUAUAUAUCGAACUCCAGAAUUAGAAAUUCUUGCAGGCAACCCAAAUUUAGAAACCAAAGUAAAUGAAGGAAAAUGUAUUUUUACUUUAAAUUUCGAAAAAGUAUAUUGGUGUAGUCGAUUAAUAACUGAAAGAGACAGAGUUCUUUAAAAUUUCAAGCCAAAUUAAACUAUUUUAGAUUUAUUUUGUGGUGUAGGACCUUUAGCAAUAAGAGCAGCAAAAAUAGGUUGUAAUGUAAUUUGUAAUGAUUUAAAUCCUUUUUGUUAUGAUUAUUUGUUAAUAAAUCGUAAAAAUAAUCAUGUAGAAGAUAGAACUUUAUGUUUUAAUAAUGAUGCAAGAAAAAUAGUUGAUUUAUUAUUAGGAAAAGAGAAGUUAAAAUACCCUGAAUAAUUUUGGCAUUUCGAUCAUAUUUAUAUGAAUUUACCUGUUUUAAAUAUUGAGUUUUUUGACGUUUUCAAAGGAUUACUAAUAAAGGGAGAUAAGAAUAUUUGGAAUGAAAAUAAUUUGCCGUUUAUUCAUGCUACAGGGUUCGUAAAUGAAACAGAAGGAGAAGAUUGUUUAAAUUUAGUGGAAAAAAGAAUAUAGAAAAAACUGAGGUUUUUUAAAAAAGAAAAUAUUCAGCAUUUUAAUGUCAUUAAAAAUGUCACUGCGUCAAAAUUAAUGUUUUGUAUUUCAUUUUAGCUUUCCAUAGAAGAUGCAAAAGAUUAACCUGAUGAAAAUUAUAUAUAUAUGUAACCAGAAAGGGAGGAUGAAAGUCUUCCUUUAAAAGUAAGUAAUUUUGGAGAUAUUAUUAAGAAAAAAUUAAAUUGUAAAAUUGAAUUAAAUAAUUAUAAAUGUAUUAUUAAUAUUUUUUUUUUAAAUUCUUUUUUAAUUUAUUAAAUAGUUUUAUUAUAUGUAUAUUUUAAUACUAAAAUUUUAAUUUUAUAUUUUAGUUUAUUGAUAGUUUAUAACUUUUUUUAUUAUUUUCAAUGUAAUUGA